AUAUAUGCUUUUUCAUUUUUUUGCAAGUGCCCAGACAGACAGCUGGGCAAAUCCUGAGUGCGUUAUCGAGGAUGCCCUCGAAUGUGGUCGUGUCAUCAUACUCUUGCUAAGCCAGAGUUGCUGCUGCUGCUAAAUCAGCGCGCGUUGAGUUUUACAGCGCGUGGAAACGAACCGCUAUAGACAGUGGACCAAUCAGCGAGCAAUAUGGGGACAAGCGGCUUGCUGUUGUAAACAUAUCAGUCGUUAGUACUCAAUAAACCCGCACACUGCUUCACUACUAUGCUCGUUGUCACACGUUCCGCAUUGGACCAAAAUAUGCUACAAUGCUCAAAACAAUACGGACGUGGAUUAAAGAGAUUGCUUCAAUCACCCGAGGACUUUUGACUUUUCACACAUAAUGCCUUAUUAUAUUAAGUUUCUAUUUUUACUUUUUUGCUUGAUACAUAUCGGGGAAUGCCGAAAGCACAAAAGUAGGAAAAGGAGGUGGUCCGGGGCGGUGGAAUCUCACAAGCAUGGCGCUCCUCUGACCGGAAAAAAGAUUGUUGAUAACACCAAAUCUCGCAAAGUGAAGACGGACCACCUGUUGCGAGUAGAUGAUCAUGACUUUACCAUGAGACCAGCCUUUGCAGGCCCUGCAGUCCCUGUGGGAGUGGAUGUUCAGGUGGAGAGUUUGGAUAGUAUAUCAGAGGUGGACAUGGACUUCACCAUGACCCUGUAUCUGAGGCACUACUGGAAAGACGAGAGGCUGUCCUUUCCCAGCACCACCAACAAGAGCAUGACGUUCGACGGACGUCUGGUGAAGAAGAUCUGGGUGCCGGAUGUGUUCUUCGUCCACUCCAAGAGGUCGUUCAUCCACGACACCACCACGGAGAACAUCAUGCUCAGAGUCUACCCUGACGGCCACGUGCUCUACAGCCUCAGGGUGACAGUUACUGCGGCGUGUAACAUGGACUUCAGUCGUUUCCCUCUAGACUCACAGACCUGCACACUGGAGCUGGAGAGCUACGCUUACACGGAUGAGGACCUCAUGCUGUACUGGAAGAGUGGGGAUGAGUCUCUUAGCACAGACGACAGGAUCUCUCUGUCGCAGUUCCUCAUCCAGAAGUUUCACACUACCUCCAGACUGGCUUUUUACAGCAGCACGGGCUGGUACAACCGUCUGUACAUCAACUUCACCCUGCGACGUCACAUUUUCUUCUUCCUGCUCCAGACCUACUUCCCUGCCACUCUGAUGGUCAUGUUGUCCUGGGUGUCCUUCUGGAUUGACCGCAGGGCAGUGCCGGCCAGGGUCUCAUUAGGUAUCACCACGGUGCUCACCAUGUCCACCAUCAUCACCGGAGUCAACGCCUCCAUGCCCAGGGUGUCCUACAUAAAAGCCGUGGACAUUUACCUCUGGGUCAGUUUCGUGUUUGUAUUCCUCUCGGUGUUGGAGUACGCCGCGGUGAACUACCUGACGACGGUGAGGGACGGCAAAGAUCGGAAGCUCAGGGAGAAGGCCAGAGAGCAGUCGCUGGGUCUGGCCAGAGAGCAGUCCCUCCCGUGCACGUGUGGCAUGUCCCACGCCGGCACCAUGCUGGUGGACGGGACCUACAGCGAGGCUGACACCAACAGCCUGGCCGGGUACACCAGGGCCUCCGCUCCAGAGGACCCCCCGGAGAAGCCGGAGCGCAUGGUGGUGCACCUCACGCUGGACAACGAGUCCACGGGAACCAAGAAGAAGGCGCGCUUCCGCAGCUUCAGCCUCAUGCAGAACACCCACGCCAUAGACACCUACUCGCGAAUGAUCUUCCCUGGUUCCUACAUUAUCUUCAACCUCAUCUACUGGUCGGUGUACUGCUAAGGUUGUUUUCCGGUCCGUGGAUGGGCAGCGUACAGGUGUUCCACCAUACCAGAUGUAGCAGAACAGUUUGGUGACUCUUACUGGCAAACUGUUUGACUCCAAGUGGUAAAGGACUCCGUAUUUCACAUGGAGGCUGAAGGUAACAUCAGUGCCCACAAUGACGUAAUUCGCUGAGGAUUUCUCCCAUCUCUUGAUGGAUAACACAGGUCUAUCCUCGCCAUCAGCUACAAUCCUCUGACUACUUGACUUAACUGUACAGCUUUCCUACCUUCUCUAUACAUAUUUUAGCAAUUUACACUGACAUGCAGGUCCAAGACAACAAUGCCUGCUCUUAUAUUUAUUAGACCUCUGGAAUCAAAGCUCUUCAUCAUCAUUGUACUGUUAAAGCAAGGAAACUACAGUGGUGAGACAAAAUUUGUGAAUACGUUAUCAAGUAUUUCUGCAUACAUUUCACUUGAUCGUUCCACUUCCUAAUGACAGAUGAGGUGAUCCUGAUUAAACAAACAACAUUAAACAAUUGUACUUUUUCCAUUAAGGCAUUGAGCAAAUUGAUCCAACAUUCAGUUUCUAUGUUGGCAAAAGUAUGUCUACCUCUAAAUUCAACAGCUCAAAAAGUGUAUUAAAGUAUCAGUGUUAGUAUUUGGUCUCCAUGUUUGUAUCCAAUGGCAACAUCAACCUUAUAACAUCUGUGGCAUCAUUAUUAAUGAUUGAUUCAUAGUUUUCAAUCACAGCAUUAUUAGGAAUAUUUGACCAAUCUUCAGAAAUCAUUUAAAAUAUUUAGUUAAUAUUAAGUUACUAUGGGACCAAAUGUAAAAAAUGUAUUGACCUGACUAAUAUAGAGGUUCAGAUACUUCUUCCAACAAAGAAACUGUAUGUUGGACAAUUUGCUCAAUAAAGAAAUAAAAACACUGGACAUUUCUAUGAACAUCUGAUCCAAUUUAAGGUCAAAUGUAUGCAGAAAUAAAGAAACAAUAAUUGUUUAUUAUUGACGGUAUACAUAUCUGGAAUGUGUUUAAGUGUCUUAGUGUUGGUUAGAUUGCCCCAUGAACUAGAAAAUAGGAAGUGUUAUCGGUAAAGUGAGGGGUGACAUCUAAUCUGGCCAGAGUAAAUGAGAGAAUAAAUUGCUCAUGAGCACAUUGAAGCACAGCCAUGUCAAGGCACCAAGUGUUACUCUUUUUAAUAGUUGAUAAUGGUUGAGCAAACCAUGUAAAAAUAGAAAUCUACCAAAUAAAAGCUGGAGUUUGCGUUGCAAAGAUUUUUAUAUGGAUGGAAAUAUAUAAUGACUAAUUGCAUAAUUUAUUUGCUAUAACCUAUUUAUUUCUGUUUGUGUAUUCAUUAAUUCAUAAAUUUUAGGCCUAUCAUUCUACUUACAUAAUGACUUUUUUGUGCACUGAUAGACUCAUAUGCCAUUAUACCUUAAAUUCACUGUAACGAGGAAUACGGCUGGACAGAUAGUUAUUUCAGUGCGGCAGCAGUUUAAAGUGUUCGAUGGCUGUGAGUCGGAAAUCCUGUGAGAGUGGAGGCUACCCAAUGGUGCUACCGUUAAGUCACUGUCUCUCAGUUGAGCUGAUUAUGGCUGCCAGGAGUUGGCAUUAUUGCUGCCGAAUCCCGGUUGUGUCAUGCCAACUAUGCCGUGCCUGUAGGCUCAGCACCAUCCGGGGUUGGUGGAGGGAUGUCAGACUCGGGAUGCAUUGCCCCGCCGUGCUCUGGUGACUCCUUGAUGUAUGUCAGGUGCCUGCAGGCUCAGUACUUCCUGGUUAAGGAGCAGAACGGCUUAGCGAGGUGUGUUCUGGUCUGGAGGAUGGCUUUUCAUCUAGAUUCUCCCAAACCAAGUCGCCACAAUGAGUCAAUGAGGUGUUGAACACAAUUCAAGGGGGAAUAAGGAAUUGCAAGGGGGAACAAUAUUUUUUCAAAACUGAUGGGAGGGUUGGUACCAUUUUGAAUAAUAAUGUGAAGGUUGUUUUAGGGGCUUUAUGUUAGAAUAUUAUUCAAAAGAGAUUUUAAAGACAUACAAAGUUUUAUCAGUGACGUAAUGAACUUGAAAAGCCUUAAGUGAAUAAUUUUUUUUAUCACCAUGGUUUUAUUGCUAUAUUUUCUGUUUGUUUGAAUGACUGUUUGGGUUAUGAGUGACUGCAUAUUGUUUUGUUAACAUUUUCUAUCCAGCAUUCUAUCCAACCAAUAUAUUAGUAAAGUGGUACUGUAUGUAGUUUGUAGAUAGACACAAGCAUGAGCUGGAUGUACUGGGCUGUGAUGUCAUUCAUCAGAAUGGGCAAAUCUCUGGAAUCCAUACUGCCACUGUAGACAGGUCAGCAUGCUGGACAAAUAAACACACAACACAAACCACAUUACUCAGAUGCUUGUCCACAAGCUGUACAACUACAACUGAUUCUUGUUGCAUCAGAUAUUUAGAAUGUAUGCUUUUUGGAGCAGAUUUGAUAAAUAAAGGGUUUGAACUGAAAGCA